AUGGCUGCAACAAUAGGUGGAGGUGGUGAUGCAGUUCAGAACGGAAAUCCGGAUAGAGAAAAGGAAAAUGUACCGAAGAAUAUUAAAAAGGAAGCUAUUGGCAACUUGCAACUGAAAUUGGUAAACGGCAUUGCACUGAAGGAAACAAGUGAUGUUGCUGAUUUGAAAGUGGUGCCAAAAAAUAAAGGACAUAAUCGACGGAACACAGCAGGAAGUAAAGCAGAAUCUUGUGAUGAAUAUUCAAACAAGGAGAGCAAGCCACGUUCAAAAUCAACAAAUAUAACGCAGGAAGCGGAUAUUGGAUAUCAAACGGUGCAGACAAAACGACGUUAUAAUUCUGUCGAAAAAAGCCGUAAUACACAACAGCCAACAAAUUCGAUGAUAUUGGAAGGAUUUAUUUAUGAUGGUGAAGUCGAUCUUGAAGAGCCGUUCAGCGAUUCCGACGAUAACGAUACUUUAAGGGGACCAAAAAAACUUUCGCUGACCAUUCCACGAGGGCGCAUACGUACUCUUUCGGGCACUGUUCCUGCAGUAGGGUACAGUCCAAAAUGGGGUGGCCCAACGAUGUGUCUGAGCUGUUUGCAAUUUUUUGACCUUCCGGAGCAUCUCAUGCAGUUUUCGGAGCAUCUACUUGAUGAUCAUCACAUUGUUAUUGUCGAAAUUGAUUUGAUCGUUGAUCCAAAGAGAUACGUGGAAUACUGGAGACAGCGUUUUGCGAGGGAAAGUAUUGAUACCAUUUUCCCGAAAAAAAUUCCUACUGAAAAUGACGUGUUUUAUGGAAAGACAAAUUAUUUCUAUGAAAUGGGUGAAAAUCUACCGGAGGAUUAUGCAUUACGUCAGAAACUUGCUAUGAGACGCUUGGAAGAAGCAUUAGCAUGUCAGCAACGUGAACGAGAAGAUACAAAUUUCAUACAGCAGUGCAUUUUUUGUCGAUAUACGGCACGUGGUAAUCGGUCGAAAAUAAUCCACCACCUCUAUAUGAUCCAUCAUUUGAAUCUUGGCUCACCCGACAACUUAGUUUUUGUCACCGAGUACAUUGAGUGUCUGAAGUCGAAACUUCUCAGCAAUGAAUGUAUUUAUUGUGAAAAAAGGUUCAGUGACCGCAACACUCUGAUGGAUCAUAUGCGUAAACGAAAUCAUAAGGAAGUGAAUCCAAAGAACAAUUAUUAUGACAAAUUCUACAUUAUUAACUAUUUAGAGUUGGGAAAGCGUUGGUUAGAUGUAUUGAAAGAAGACUUCGAAGAUACUAUGCCAACAUUUGUAGAUUCCGAUGAAGAAGAGGAAGAGGAAUCCUGGCAGGAAUGGCAGGAGGAUAACAUCGAUGUGGAGCAGACUCGUGUAGUUUGUUUGUUUUGUGAAGAAACUGAGGAUCACGCUGCUCCAUUACUUGAACAUAUGAAAGAUGUUCAUUAUUUCGAUAUUCUCGGAAUAAUUGAAAAAGAGAAGCUGGAUGUUUAUGAACGGGUAAAAAUGAUUAAUUACAUACGUAAAGAAAACUACAAUGCAAGAUGCUUCGUAUGUGGUAGGGAUGACCUGGGUUCGUUACAGAAGCUGAGGCAGCAUUACACCGAAAACGAUCAUCUUUCGAAAGGGUUACCAGAAAAAUCAGUUUGGUGCACGGAAGAAAAUCUGGUGCCCAUAUUCGGUAACGAUCAUCUAACUUGGAUGCUUGAAUCAUAUAUUGAUGAAAAAGAAGUUUCUUCACAGAACGAAGAGGGGACAGCAGUAUUCGAAAACAUCAGAGAGUAUCUUCUGAAGCAAAGUGAAGUGAACUCUGUUGAAGGUGUGAUUGCUGAAGAUUUUCCGGAGUUGCAUGAUGGUGUGCUUACAGAUUUGAACUUAUACGAUUCGCUGAAAUAA